AUGAAAUAUAAAUACACUUUUUUUUUUAAAGGGUUUUUUAUACUAAAAAUGCCAAAAAAAAACUUUUUUUUUUACUUUAAAAGAUUAGAAUUAUCAACUUUUACUAAGAAUGAGGUAAAUGAUAAAACUGUUGCAAAAGAAAAAGUAUCAAAAAUACGGCAAAAUCAUCGUGAAUACAGAAAAAAAGAUACUAAAAUGGAUGAACAUUACGGUAUUACAUCUUUAGGCCAUAUUUAUCUUAAUGAACACCGUGAAAUCAGAGAGUAUUAUCGGAAAACUGCAUGGGAGCUUCCUACAUUAUCAAAGUUUUCUAUUCCAUAUGAACCUCCUGAAAAAUCUCAAGUUUUAAAGUUUAGAUAUACUAGUUAUUUUGGAGAAAAACAUCCUGCUGAAUCAAAAGUAACAUUGGAGAUUUUAUUAAAUAAUUUAGCCCUUACACCAACAGAACGCCAUAAGUUGAUUAUUCUUGCAGGACCAAGAUAUAAUCCUUUGACGGAUAUAUUAAAAUUUAGUUGUGAACUAUUUCCAUAUCGAAUUCAAAAUAAAAAAUACUUAAAUGAACAGCUUUAUAAACUUAUUAAAGAGGCCAAGGACACAAGUGAUACAUUUGAAGAUAUUCCUCAAGACUUUAGACAUGUUAAAUCAAAACGUCGUUUAGUUUUUCCUAAAGAGUGGAUUAAAUAA